UAAUCCACAUUAGCGUCUGGCGGUUAAUUAAAUUUUCAUUUUACAAAUUAUUUAUUCAAGAAUAAAAUUCUCUAACGUUUUAUAAUGGAUUACAAUAGUACUGGUGGAAUGAGGAGUCCGUUCUCUCCAAGGGUGAGGCAAUCGUUAUCUGGAAGACGAGCCUUUGGAUUAUCAACAGUUAAAAAGAAUCAGAGCAAAUAUGACCGAACAUCGCAACCGCAAAUGGGUGACGUGAUUUAUCAGACAACACAUAGCACAGUAGAGACCUAUGGAAUGCCCCUCCCAGUGAUGGUUACUGAAGCUCUUACAUUUGGCAGUGGUGAUGUUAGUGUAGGCAUGUCUCCAUCUGGUUGGUGCUGGGUUGUAACUGGGCGUAGGGUUCUGGCCUGGCCUCAGGAGCUGACAGGUUCAUCAGGGCCAGUAGCUGCUCGUGAGCUCACUUUACCCCAAACUGACUUGGCACACAAAGCUGACCUUGUUUUUAUCUUCUAUGAAAAUGAUGAACAGACUGUACCUUCCUGUGUUGGGGUUUCACCUGAAGGAAUUGUUCGUUACUGGUCAUCAGUAGGGCAAGAGGGUGCAUACAGUGAAGUAAGCUGUGAACUGGCAGGGCAAGAAUGUGAUCGAUUAGUAUCAAGAGUAGAUGACACUGGUACCACUUUGGGAUCGUUACUUCUUGCAACUACAACUUGUACUUUAGUCAAGAUAUCUACUAAUAGAGAGGGUAGACCAACAGUGAGCUGUACCACUCUUAGGCCCCCAAGUGGCUGGCUUGGUGGUAUUGGACGACGUGUCUCACUACUAUUCUUUGGCUCAAUGCCAGCUCAUGCUGAUACAAAAUUAGUUGGUGUGGUCAUUCUUCCAAACUUGCCACCAAAUACUGAUGAAGAAGAGAGUGAUGAACUAAUAUGCAUGGUAGCAGGUGGACCACUUCUUCAAAUGUGGUGUGGUUCCGCGUUGCAUGAGCAUCAUUUACGUAGACCAUUACUGGAUGCAGCAGCUGGGGCCCAUUUGGCUCCACAUGGCGAGCCAAGUACUAUGGAGGUAACAGCAUUGGAUGUGCAGGCGGCAGGUGAUCAUACUUUACUACUUUUGGCAACCAUAUCUGCAGUCACACCGUCUCGACCUGCAGAUACUAGAUAUGCUCUGGCCCAAAUAAGAGUAGAACAUCCUGAUUCACCACAAGUGGUGAGUAUAUGCGCAGUUGGAGCCGGACGACAGGAAGAAGGAUCACCGCGUUGUCUGCCACUUGGUCUACGCGCGCUUCUCUAUACAUCGACCGCACUUGCGAUCGUGCCCGCAGAUACGUCAGUGGGCAACGAGAAGCCGGAACACGUAGAUGUGUCCGCAGAAGGCGACCGAGUGUUGGGUGUGGGAAGGGGCGGUAACGGGGCUUUGUUGGUCACUCGCAAGCACGGACUACUACGCCUCACCACCGCGUUUUCAACCCAUCAUGAGAUGCAUCAAGCUUUUACUAGCAGCCCAAUGGGUUCCCCCACUCCAUCUGACAUGUUCGAGGGAAACCUUACGCUUUAUGAGAUUGAUCCACAUGAGAUAGGUAUAACAACGUCAGAUGCAUGUGGCAAGCUCAAAGCCGCCUUCUUAUUCCAUAUACGACGCGAUGCAAACGCAGGCAAAAUUCUGGCUGAACUAUUCCCUCCGCGUGGGGCCACUCCUAAUGACGUAGACGCUCCUCUUGAUAGAACUGUCAUCGCGGUCGCUUCAGAAAUGCUGGAUGAUGUCCCUGCUGGAGAUCCUAGGUGGCGCAUCCUCACGGGGAGCAGCCGUGUGUCCCUGGGUUCAUCGGGCGCGCUACAAGCGUCCGGUCAGCUACGAGAUAAGCACCGUGCUCUUACACUUUAUAUAGAUUUCUUGCACGCCGCCGGCCUUUGGCGCCGUCUUGGAUACGUCAGCAAAGAGAGUGGAUGCGGAUGUGUGCGUAGCGUACGCGUGUUAUGUACGUUGGCGGAACGUCUCGCGGCCGCGCGUGCCUUGCAAAGGCUUCACAGUGCCGGAGCCACGCUCGUCGAUGCCGCGAUGCAGCAGGUUUCAUCAAACUGCGACGCAGAAGAAGAGCCGGAAGUGUGUGCGGCGCUAAGUGCAGGCGCACUCACGGCCGCUGAUGUAGUUCUGCGCCGCGUGACGCGUGUGAUGCGUGCGGUGAACGUAUUGGCCCGUUUGCCAGCGCCCGCGGUCGACGCGAAUGCGGCCGCAGCGCAUGCGCAUCACGCAUUGCGUGCUAUAACGACAAUACUUAACGAAAUGCAUAAAGUCCGGAGCCAAUGGACGAGCUGGUGCGAGGGAGAUACAGAUUGCGAGCCUUGCGCUGAUCUGCCUGUUCUGGUGCGAUACCAUACUACAGCUGUCACCGAAUCUGCACACAAUUGCCAAGACGGCAGUUCGCGCGCGCAGGUUCUGGAGGCAUCGGCCGUACUAGCCGACUUAUUACUAAUGGAUGCGCAGACGCUGCCUGAACACACCUAUCACCGGUUGCGAAAUGACCUUAUUCGCCCAUACAUUGCUGAAGGCGAAGUGGAUCGCGCUGCGGCCUUGGCCGAAAAGUUCAAAGCUUGGGAGUUAUUGGUGGAAAUGUGUAUUCGCAAACCUGACUCUGAAAGAUUGUACAACUACGUCGACAAGUAUGAACACGAGGGUAUAGCAGAGACAGCAUUUGCCUAUCUAGCAUCAGGAUGUGGGGCUGAUAGGGCUCAAUUGCUUCGAGGCUUGGGCGAGCGUCGUCCAGGUCGUCUUGCCCGAUGGUUGGCCGCAGCGCCCCAAAGACGGGAACUGCUUGCCGUUCACCAAUUAGCUCGAGCCCCGUUAAGUGAUGCUGCGAUCACACUACUGCAGAUGGCUAAGGAUGAACGGGACUCGGUUGAUAGGAUGGCGACAAUGGCAUCUCUUGCAAAGCUGUGUCUAGUAGCCAGUGACGAAAGCAAGGUCCAAUUGCGUGACAAAUUGCAGCAGUCAGAUACGAUAUUAAGUUUGGGAGCCCAACAUCGCGCCUUGCCCAGAGAUAUAAGACUCCACUAUGGCUUAGGAGAACACGAUAUGAAGAUAUCCGAUCCGGAAGAGUUGGUACAGAUGUAUGUUGAUGCGGAGAGCACGUCGCUAACAGAGUACGACUACAAAAAGGCCCUCGAUCUCACAGAUUUUGUAGAAGACCCAGAACUACGUGAAGAGCUUAAAAUAAAGAUAUGGUGUGCGUCCAUCAUGCGCGAGGACUGGUCGCACGUCAGCGUAGAGGACCCGCAACAGGCCGUACAAGGGACUCUUUUCUAUCGACUCAUAGACCUUCUUAAUAUAAUGGGCGCCGACGUCGAGAGUUUACUUCCCCCAUUGGAGCUGAUAUUGGAGCAGAAAGAAGUCUGUCGAUUGGCUCAAGACUCGCGUCUACACUAUCUCUUAAAGUAUACGUACGCCUGUCUCACUCAUCACGAUAACGACCAAAGUAUGGACCAGUAGCUUUAGGAAGGAAGAGGUCCUUGAUUAAAAGACUUACCACAUACGAUAUCUUCCUCAAUUCGCCUACGUCAAUACGAUAUUCACUGUGCGGAAAACUGGCAUGGCGAUUUGGCGUACUAAUAUCAUUCUGGGUACGGCUCAUUUCAUUUAUUGACAAAACUAAUACUGUUUUCAUUUGAAUAAUAAGUAUCAACGUGAUUACUCUCGAACUAUAAUGACGCAACACAUGAACAACAUGAAAACUAUAGAUACACGCACUUUAUCAACGUAUUCGUUCAUGUACGUGAACGUAGGCCGACGUUCACUGUUCACGUUUCCCAUACAAAAUAAUGGUCAUCUGUAGAGUCGGUAGUAUAGCUUAACGUGACAACGUCAUAACGAAACAUUCAUGAAAUGAUUGCAUACUUUUAUGAAUAAAAUUAAUACAACAAAGGUGUCAAUCUUCGAACGAAGGACAAUGGAGUGGAAGUGAGAACGGGACAAUUAGCGAUGCUUUUCAUGCGUGCAGAGGCGUUCAUAGAUUUAUUUGACGUAGUCACGUCAAAAUGUUUACUAAAUCAUUACUGUUCAUGUUGUUCCUGUGUGUGAUUGGUCAACAGACAGGUCUCGUGGUGGUCUGUAAUGAAAUGAAAGCGAAAAACGAAUGACUGAUCUGCUUGUAUUGGUAACUAUUCUAGGACCUAAAUAUAUUGCUUAUUAAGAAUUGUAUUAAAAAUGACUCGAUGUUUUAUAUAAUUUAUAGAAGUUAAGAGUUUUGACCGCAGGACAUAUUGUAACGCGUAAAUCCAAAUUAAAAAUAUUGUUUCGUGUUGGAAGCCUCGACACUUUUCUUUCAAUGGUCACAGGACUGUAUCUGUAUGGCAUUCGAGAUUCAAAACAAGCAAUGCUAACUGCAUGCAGUUAUUUAAAUAAAAAACAAAAUAAAAGUUUAGUAACAAUCUUUAAUCUGUUUGAGUAAUAAAUGUGAUUGAAUAUUUUUUUCCAUAUUUCAGCCACACGGCGUAAAUAAGUAAUUUUAAAUGACAGUUGUCAAAUAUUGACAUUCCUAUUCUUAGAAACGUGUGUGAUCAUAAUAAGCCCUACGAUUUUAUAUAAAUAAGGAUCGCCAGAUGCGAUUGCUUAAGUAGGAGAUAAUCAAUGUUUUAUGUGAAUCUUAUUGCUGGCAAGUAAGAUUUGUCAUUUUACAAAUAAAAAUCACGAUAAUAAUUGAUAAAUAAUCUAGAUAUAGGAGCGUCACAGAUUAAGCGCACACAUUUGCAAUUUCUGUCUCUGAUUUAAAUAACUUAAUAUCAUAUUUUUUACAUGAAAAUUAAUCUCAACUGUAUAUGUACCGGUUAAAUAUUCUUUAAGGUAUUAAGUCAGACAUUUCUAUUAAUUAAUGUUAAAUUAUCAAUGGUUUGGGUUUGGUUAAAGCCUAUUAAAUAUCUCGAUGAGACAAAUUUGAUUAAUUAUAGAACGCAGUCUAAUCAGUCAUACAUAUUUAUCAAAGAUCGACCUGGGAGUUUUUAAUGUUUUAGUCCAUAAAAGGUAUCUUGUGACGCAAUAAAAAUAUUCAACUCACCAUUCGAUGAUGUUCAGUCAGACUGAUUUAGAUGUAAAAUAAUAUGAAAUGUAAAUAUGUACGUAAGAAUAGUUAUAGAAUAAAUGUUUGAUUUUGAA